GAGAGUAUGCGCCGAGUCCGACUGCACGCGAAGAGUAAAAACUUCUACUUCUAAAGCCUGUAUUUAUCCGGGACAGGAUUGAAGUGUCUCAGCGCAGGGAUGGCUCCACGGAUCGAUGAUGUCAUGCGUCUGUGCUGUGAAAUAUCUGCUCACGAUCAGAUCAAAGCGGCAGUGAAAAACUCCACCAAAGGAGCGCUGGCGGCCGGAGGAGUUGCGUUUGUAGGCGGGCUGCUCGCAGGACCUCCAGGGAUCGCUGUUGGUGGAGCAGUGGGGGGGCUGCUGGGCAGCUGGCUGACCAGCGGUCAGUUCCGGCCCCUGCCUCAGAUCCUGAUGGAGUUGCCCCCCGCCCAGAGACAGAAGCUCUACGAUGACAUCGUGUCCGUCCUGGACAACAUGGACUGGAUGGAUGCGGCCCAGCUCGUUUCCUUGGUGAUGGGCAACGUGACUCUGCAGCAACAGGUCACCGCGGCGCUGCUGAACUACGUCACUAAGGAGCUCAGAGCGGAGGUGCGCUAUAAGGACUGAGUCCUGCUCCACCUGGACUCACAGGACCACAACCAGAGACCUUUCCAUAUUUUUGUACUUGGCUGAAAACAUUUGAAUCCUGGAGGUUUCACUGCCAUGACCGUGCCAAAUGAAGCAGUUAGAGUGGCUAUCCCAACAACAACAACUAUUUCCUACUUACAAUUUGGAGGCAAAUAUAAGCUUCCUGAUUGGAUGUAAGGUAGCUCCACCUCCACCUCUAUAAUUAUAAUCCAGUAUAUAUCAUUCUGCAUAAUGAGUACUUUUGAUGAUGAAAGUAUAUUUGAAUAUCAAUACUUUACUAGCGCAAGAAAAGUUCUGAGUACUUCCUCUACUUCUGCCUAACAAGAACACAUCAUUGUUCAGUCACCAUGGAAACCUAAUGGACGGAUAGUGACAUAGAGAGGCGAAGUCCCGCCCAUCUACUUC